AUGACCGCUGCCGCUGCAAAGAAUCAAGGCGGGCCUUCCCAGCAUACGCCUAGUAGCAAGCUCGAAGACCAAGCCGCGACUGCUGCCCUUUACGUGACAAAAGGGAAAGGCAAGAGCGUCCAUCCACUUUUAGAUGACGAUGGAAAACUCUCAUCAGCUGGCGCUGCAACUUCGCUGAAAUACGCCAAAGCCCAAGACCUCCCUUCAUUCCCUUCUCCUGGGCUACAGAUUGCUUCUGCCGGCGCAGCUGCAAGUCUCGCGGACACACAUAAGAAAACUGUCGAGCUCUGGAAGCCUGCAUCUAUACCCGCUGCAGAGAAAGCUGCUUUGCUGGCGAAAGAUUAUGAGGCUGAUCCACUGUGGCACCCUGAAUUGAGCACAGCUGGCUCCAAGGCUGCACUACUUGCUUCCGACAAAGGCGCGCAUGUCAAUAUCUGGAAGCCACACGAGACAGAUGAUGGUCAUUCCGCUGCCGAGCAAGCUGUUCGCAAAAAGGUCCCACCUCCCAUCGACCCCCGCGCAAUACCUGCGGACGCCAGCCGAAAAGCCUUGAUGGCUGCAACUGGCGCAAUGGCAAGUAGUCGCAGACGAGCAGAUUCUGCCCCAAUCGCGCCAAUCAAUUCGCCAGGUUCACCAAGCAAUGCUCAGUGGGCGUUGAAGGCUGCCAAUCAAUCCCAGCGAGGACAGCGAUCUGGCCUGUCAGCAGGGAGCGGCGACCCGGCCCUGGAUGCUGCUCGAGUACAGAACAUGGCCCAGACCAAUGUGUCACGACAAAUGUAUACGUCACAUCCACCCGUAUCCAUCGAAGUAGAGGAGAAGAAGAGGCAAGAUACAAUUCGUGCCUCAGCUGUAGCAAUGGCUCAAAAAAUGUAUGCCAUCCAGCAGAAAGCUAUCGAAGAAGCAAAGGCCGACAUCAGCCGUGCAGACAGUCGGUAUGCCGCAACACACGUACACAACCGCCGCACGUCGGACGCCUCAAGUAUUGCCGGCACACCGGACCCGUUGAUCUCGCCCAUGCAUGGUAACAGUUUGCAGGAAGCGGCACAACGACUAGCCCAAGAGCGACUUGCCAAAUUGAGAGAUGAGCAUGAGGAAUACAAGAACUACUAUGGGCAAAAGUCACCAACUACGAGAUCGCGACUUUCAAUACACAGCAAGCUGAGGAGACGGGCCUCAAGUGACGGUGCUGUGGAUGACAUGGACGAGGAGCAGUCGCGGAAGAUCAGGACUCAGAUGUCGAUAUUUCAGAGCAACCUGACAACGGUGGACGAGAAAAGGCGCCAGAAAGAUCGAGAUGCUCUCCUGGCAGCGGCGCAAAGGAACGUGAGAGCCAGCAUGCAUACCAUGGAUGAGGAGGUUUUUCAGGAGACGGGUAAGAGUAGUCCGGCACAACGCGAAGAAUGGGCAUCAAAAGCAAAGGAGAAAGCGCAAGCGGAUAGCAACACCCGGAUGGAGAGUUAUGGCAAGGUACACAUAGGAGGAGGCAAAUACCUUGACCAAGCAGAUGUCGAUGCAGUUGCGAGGUCGAGAAUACAGCCUACACUAGAUGAUAUCAAUGAAAAAGCUGACGUUCAGCACGCACGUGAAACGGAGGUCAAACUUGAACAAGAAGAGCAGCAACGAUUGGCCGAGCUGGAGAAACAGCGUGCAGCAGAACUCAAAGCCGAACAAAAGAGGGCUCGAGAAGAGGAAAAGCGAGAGGAGAAGGCAAAGAAGGCCGACGAGAAGAGAGCCCAUAAGGAGGAAAUGGCACUUUUGAAGGAAAAGGAACGGAUUGAAAAGGAAGAGCUCAAAACGAAAGCGAAGAUGGAGAAGGAGAGGCACCGACUGGAAGAAGAAGAGAAGCGAAAAUCAAAGGAAAAGGGCAAAGCUGCUGAAGCGACCCUUGUUGUUCGCACUGAAGUGGCUACAGCAGCAGUGACUAGCGACACGGAUCGUCCAACUUCUUCUGGGGGACAAGUUCCCGCAAUGACAGCCCGAAGAGCCUCCACCAGCUCGCAAUCUCUGAAUGAUUCUAGCGACGACGAAGAGCGACCAAGGACUGGUAAGCCUACUGACGAUCGUGAGAUUGUGUCUCCCACGUCACCCUCAAAGAGACAGUCUAAGGUCAAAUCAUGGUUCGCAGGGAGGUUUCGUUCCACUAGCAAACCUGCUAAAGAUGGAGAAAGUGGUGAUACCACUAAAGCUGGAUUCAUUGGUGGUGCGAGCCUUACUGGGGCUGGCUCAACGGAUGGUGGUGAAGAUAUGCCUAGGGAUAACUCAAUACGAGAUGUUGCCUUGGCUGGCAAGAUCCAUCCAGUCCACCCAGUCGUCACCAAGACUCCCACUGAUCGAUCCGUCUCUCCUGUCAGUGAGACUCGAGCAAAGAAGGACAGCGACAGCACGUCGAUCAGUACACUGUCCGAUAGCGGCGAGGAUCCUCCUAACAAGAAAGGUAAACAACGCAGAGGCCGACUAGGAUUCAAGGACAGGCUGUUGGGAAAGACGAACACCAAGUCAUCAAACGAGACGGAUCAUGACGAGUUCGAGGAAGCCCGCGACACGUUUGAAGAAGAGAAGCUUGCCCCUCCGCCAAAGCUUACAGCUACGACUCUAGCGACCAAGGCCAGUGCGAGUCCGGUGAGGGACAGUAAGUUUAGCGAAAUUCUAUGA